AUGCAGCUCGACGCGGGUGGAUUCUACCAAUGGAGACGCGACGGUGAGUACCACAUGUGGAAUCCCACCACGAUCGCGAAGCUCCAACAUGCCGCGAGAUCGAAUAGCUGGGCGACCUACCAGGAGUUCGCUGAGUGGGCCAACGACUACGCUCAGCAGAUGUGUACGAUUCGAGGUCUCCUCGAAUUCAAGCCCGGCGAUGAGCCUCUUUCUCUGGACGAAGUAGAGUCUGCCUCGGAGAUCGUCAGGCGGUUCGCUACAGGCGCAGUUUCCCUCGGUUCCAUCAGCAGGGAAGCGCACGAGGCGCUGGCGAUCGCGAUGAACCGGAUAGACGCACGGUCCAACACAGGUGAGGGCGGCGAGGACUGGCAUCGCUACAAGCCUGACUCCAAUGGCGACCAGCGGAACAGCGCGAUCAAACAGGUCGCCUCAGGUCGCUUCGGUGUCACCAUAAACUACCUGGCAAACGCCAAAGACCUCCAGAUCAAGAUGGCGCAGGGCGCCAAGCCCGGAGAGGGCGGACAGCUCCCCGGCCACAAGGUGGACGAGUACAUAGGCUGGGUGCGCAAUUCGACGCCUGGCGUAGAGCUCAUCUCGCCUCCUCCGCACCAUGACAUCUAUUCGAUCGAGGAUCUGGGACAGCUCAUCCACGACCUGAAGAACUCGAAUCCCAACUCCAGGAUAAACGUCAAGCUGGUCGCGGAAGCCGGAGUCGGUACAAUCGCCGCCGGUGUCUCUAAGGGGCAUGGCGACGUCGUCCUGAUCAGCGGCGACAGUGGCGGGACCGGAGCUUCCCCGGAGGCGUCGAUCAAGUACGCUGGACUGCCCUGGGAACUCGGCGUUGCCGAAACCCAGCAGGUUCUGGUCGAAAACGACCUGCGCGGUCGGAUAGUCGUCCAGACAGAUGGGCAGAUCAAGACCGGCCGUGACGUGGCUAUCGCGUGUCUGCUCGGUGCGGAAGAGUUCGGUAUGGCCACCGCGCCGCUGAUUGCAAUGGGCUGCAUCAUGCUCCGCAAGUGUCACCUGAACACCUGCUCAGUUGGCAUCGCCACACAGGACCCAGAGCUUCGGAAGAGGUUCGCGGGCCAGCCGGAACACGUCAUCAACUACUUCUUCUUCCUUGCCGAGGAACUCAGGCAGAUUAUGGCCGAGAUGGGGUUCCGCACGAUC